CAAAAAUGGCAGAAGUCAAUAUUUUGAGAGAGGCAGAUUCGACGUGAAAUAAAAACAAACAGCGAGUGAACGUGAAGUUUUGACAUUUGGUGAUGUUCAAGAAAUUAUUAGAGCGCAUCACUAAGGUAAUGGGACAAGCUCACACCACAGUUCAUGAGAAUCUCUUGAAGUAUGGUGGAAUACUUGGACAGUUGACAGUUCUUAGGUAUCAAGAUUUUCUGCAUGCAAUAUGUGAACUCAAUGAAAUAGCUGGUACAUUGCAUGAUUCUCAAGGUAAGAAGUUACAGUUUGAAGUAAAAAGAGGAACCGACAAUACAGUGUUGUGGAAAAGCACAGUGAGGGUUAGAUGUAAAAAAUUGAAUAAUGAAAAUCAGGUGGAACUUACACGCAUUAUGAAUUUACAUCAGUUUGUACAACUUUACAAUUCAAUAACACGGUGUGUCACAUCAUCACACGAUGAGGAAAGUCAAGCACAGGAAGGCACAUCACAAAUGCUAACAGGACCUUUAGAAGCAUCAGCCAUAUUAAAAACUAUUGGUGGAUUUGAAAGUGACAUAUCUGAGUGUUGUAUAUGUAUGGAUGCCAGGACGGAUAUCAUACUCACAUGUAAUCACAUGUACUGUGAGAAAUGCAUUGACAAAUGGAAUGUGAAUCAUCAUCAGUGUCCAAUAUGCCGACAAGAGAUUAAAAACAAAGAAGAGCCGUGGGUGCUGCCCGAAAAACCUGAUGACGAGGAAGUGGCAAAGUACUUGAUUGGGGUAGCUGAUAAAAUGGGACAUCAGGAACCUAAUGUUAGACCAGUUUAACAGAACAUGCUGCCUGAGUGUCUUAAUUCUCACACCUCACGCCAAAUAACAAUAAUCUUUUACAGUGACGUGUCUGUGAAUCUUGCAGUUCAUAAGUCAUGUGUAAUUUAUCAGAUUACUGCUUUUAAUUGCCUUUGUGGUACUAGGUGCAUACAAGCAAGCAAACAGCACUGGAAACAAAAAUCAGUUUUCUGAAUGAAUACAUGCAUGUUACGAAAAUAUCACCAUGUGUGUACUCAUUUGACACCACAAAGGUAAAUGUUUGCUCAGUAUUGCAUGUAUACACACAUAAAAAACGAGAAGACAUGGUCUUUUUGACAAAGUGCAAAUGGCUAAGACAAGUGUUAUUUGAGGUAUGUGUUGGGAUUAAAAUUGGUACUGUAAAAAUAAUAGGUCAAAAAAUGAAACUUAAAAUGGGGGGGGGGGGGUUAAAGGCGCAGAAUAUGGUGCAACUAGGGGGUACACAAUGUUUUAUUUCGGGAUGUGCGUCUGCUCAUUGAUAUGGCACAAAAUACCAAUUUUGAUCCCCACACAUACAUCGUUAUUUUAAUACAGUUAGAAUGCUUGUGUGUUCUCUAUCACUGGUUACUAUCGGGAUUUAGGACCCUUCUUCAUUUCCUUCUGUUAUUAUUCACUACAUUAUUCUCAUCUCUUGUAUUACUUACUCCGAAUUUAAAUUUGAAAACUAAUCAGUGCUGGCUGAU